AUGCCGAUAUCCGCUACGGUCGCUGUGGCAUUAGUCCUGCUGACAACCCUCAGCUUAGUGGGCUGCGAUCUGGACCUUGUGAUACUCCACAACAACGAUGUGCACGGCAGAUUUGAGGAAACGGAGAAGAACUCGGGAAGUUGCAGGGACAACAAUAGGAACAGCACGUGCAUCGGUGGCUUCGCGAGGACGGCGCACGAGGUGCGGAAGUACAGGGAAUUGGCGCAGAAGAAACAGGGACCGGAAGUGCUUUUUCUGAACGCCGGAGACACUUUCGUCGGUACCAUAUGGUACAGCUUGUUCCAGUCGAAUAUCUCCUAUGAGUUUUGGAAUCUUCUGAAACCGGAUGCUAUGUGCCUGGGCAACCACGAAUUCGACAACGGCGUUUCGGGCCUGUUGCCGUUCGUCAGUGCCCUUAAGUUCCCCGUCUUGGCCGCCAACCUCAACUUCAGCCAAGUGCCAGAAUUGGCGCCGUACGUCGACAAAUCGACGAUAGUGGAACGGGGAGGCCGCAAAAUCGGCAUCAUCGGCCUGUUGACGCCCGAGACGAAGCUGAUCUCGAAUCCGGGCAAAGUGAUUUUUCUAGAUGAGGUGGAGUCAGCCAAAGCCGAGAGCGAGCGCCUCGACGCCCUGGGCAUCAAAAUCAUCAUCGUCCUGGGCCAUUCGGGAUUCCUCAAGGACCAGGAGAUCGCCGCGAAGGCGCCCCUGGUGGACGCCGUCGUGGGCGGGCAUACCAACACCUUCCUGUGGAACGGGCCGCCGCCCGAUACGGAGGCGGUCGACGGGCCGUAUCCGGUGGUGGUGACGCAGGAAUCCGGGAAGAAGGUGCCGGUCGUGCAAGCGUACGCCUACACCAAGUAUCUGGGAAGACUAAACUUGACCUUCGACGACAACGGAGACCUCGUCAAGUUCUCCGGCCAACCCGAGCUGAUGGUAGCAUCCAUUCCCCAAGAAGAAGACGUCCUCAGGUUGUUGGAGACGUACCGGCCCGAAGUCGAUAAGGUCAACACCGAAAUAAUCGGUCGGUCAAAAGUCACCUUGGACGGAGACAGCAAACUCUGCCGGUCGAAUGAAUGCAACUUCGGGAACUUACUCACCGACGCUUUGGUGGCAUACAAGGCGUCCAUUUCCCCGAAACUUUGGACAGAGGCGCCGAUCGGUUUGUACAAUGGCGGCGGGAUCAGGAAUACCAUAGAGCCGGUCGGAUCGAAUGACGUCACCAGAGGCGAGAUUCUGGCUGCUAUUCCGUUCGGCAACCAGAUUUUGACACUCAAACUGAACGGUUCGGAUCUGCUGGAAACGCUGGAGAUCGGCGCUAGGACGAACGGCGAGACUUCGGGUGGGGAGUUCUUGCAGGUGUCGGGGUUGCGGGUGGUGUACGACAUGAGCAAACCGGCGUUUUCCAGGGUGGUCUCCGUGGAAGCCAGGUGCGGAUUGUGCCCAGUGCCGGUUUACCAACCGAUCGACCCAUUGAAGACCUACACGAUCGUCACGAUCAGUUUCUUGACCCAAGGCGGCGACGAUCAUCAUAUCCUUCGCGAUCGAGGAUUCGAUGAGGUCGUGGAAGAUUUGGACGAUAUUGAUACUGUCGUUUGGUAUUUUCAGCAUUACAAUCCCGUUUAUCCUGAGGUUCAGGGUAGGAUACGGUUCGUUGAGCGGUCCACGAGUGGUGGAGCUAGUUUGGUGGUUGGGCCUCUUGGAGCUGGUUUAUUGUUGUUCCUGUUCGUUUUCUACCAUUUAUGA